AGAGGCGGCGGCCAGGCCGGCAGCUCGGUAUGAGGAGGGGGGCCCUUCUCCUACCGCCUCCAUUCCCGUGCGGGAAGAAAUGACUACCCCAAACAAGACCCCACCUGGUGCUGAUCCAAAGCAGUUAGAGAGGACUGGUACUGUUAGAGAAAUAGGCUCACAAGCAGUUUGGUCUCUUUCAUCCUGUAAGCCAGGGUUUGGAGUGGAUCAGUUACGAGAUGAUAAUCUAGAGACUUACUGGCAGUCAGAUGGAUCUCAGCCUCAUUUGGUGAACAUCCAAUUUAGAAGAAAAACAACAGUGAAGACCUUAUGUAUUUAUGCAGACUACAAAUCUGAUGAAAGUUACACUCCAAGCAAAAUCUCUGUCAGAGUAGGAAAUAAUUUUCAUAAUCUACAGGAAAUCCGGCAACUGGAAUUAGUGGAGCCCAGUGGCUGGAUCCAUGUUCCUCUAACAGAUACUCACAAGAAGCCCAUUCGCACUUUUAUGAUCCAGAUUGCUGUUCUUGCGAAUCACCAAAAUGGAAGAGACACUCACAUGAGGCAAAUCAAAGUGUACACCCCUGUGGAGGAGAGCUCCAUUGGUAAAUUUCCCAGAUGUACAACAAUUGACUUCAUGAUGUAUCGCUCCAUCAGAUAAAAUGUCCUCAUGAGGAAUAAUAAAGGUAUUUUUUCAUGACUAUAUCAUUGCUAAAGUAUUCAGAUACUUAACAA